UGCCCUGGAGCCUGAGAGCUGUUAUUUUCAGGUACCGAGAGGAAUCGAGGAAGGGAGAGGGAGGGAGAGAGAAAGGGAGAGAGAGAGAGAGAGAGAAAGGACGGGGAAAAGAAGAAGGUGAGGGGGAAGAAAGAAAACCAGGAGGGAGAGAGACAAAGAAUGAGCCCCAGUAGUUCGCCCUGACAAUAACAUGGUCUAAGAAGGAGCUGUCCGUUUCAGCACCAGCGCUGGGCACUUCAAAUGCCUUCACUAACCAUGAACUGCAAGGCGCCCAGCCGCGCUCCUCUCCAAGACUAACCUCAGCCAGAAAGAAAUAUCUUUCUCCAAACACCAUACCAACCCCGUGCUUGUCAGAGGACUGCGAGGAUUUCAUGGCGUUGGGAGCAAGUCUGGGCAACAGUGCUGAAGACGGCUGCGUUAUAUCUGGCUUGGUUUGCCGAGACUGUGAACGAGAGCAGUUCCACGGACCCUGCUCCUCACUGCUAUCGAUCUUUUGAAGCUCUCUCAAAAAUAGCCAUCACUUAUGGAAACUGGGGAUCAGAAUUUUAGAAAAAAGGAUUAACUUAUCUAUUUUUGGGGCUUUUCUUUGUUUUUUUUACUAAAACAAAUUAUAAAUAUAUAGAUAUAUAUAAACAGAUAUAUUGGAUUGUGACUGGAAUUGAUCCCGCCUUGCCCCCUUCUGUUUGGUCUGCAUUCCCCCUUUUUGUUUCAUUUUCGAAAGGGGGAAAUCUUUUCUCAACUACCUGACAGAGAAAAGGAGAGACAGAGAGAGAGAGAGAGAGAGAAAGUGUGUGUUGUGUGCUGGCUGCGAAUAUAAUGAAGAAUUAUGGGGCUGUUUGAUCGCGGUGUGCAGAUGCUGCUGACCACGGUAGGGGCUUUUGCAGCCUUCAGUCUAAUGACCAUUGCUGUAGGGACGGACUAUUGGCUUUACUCCAGAGGGGUUUGCAAAAGCAAGACGGUCAGUGAAAAUGAAACCAGCAAAAAGAAUGAAGAAGUGAUGACCCACUCGGGAUUGUGGAGAACCUGCUGUCUUGAAGGAAAUUUUAAAGGUUUAUGUAAACAAAUUGACCACUUCCCUGAAGACACGGAUUAUGAAGCAGAUGCCGCUGAAUACUUCUUACGUGCUGUGCGAGCAUCCAGUAUCUUCCCCAUCCUCAGCGUCAUCCUGCUCUUUAUGGGGGGCCUCUGCAUCGCAGCAAGUGAGUUCUACAAAACUCGACACAACAUCAUUCUCAGUGCGGGCAUUUUCUUCGUCUCUGCAGGUUUGAGUAAUAUCAUUGGUAUCAUAGUGUACAUAUCUGCCAACGCUGGAGACCCAGCCAAAAGCGACUCCAAAAAGAACAGUUAUUCCUACGGAUGGUCAUUUUACUUUGGAGCUCUUUCCUUUAUCAUCGCUGAGAUGGUGGGAGUGUUAGCAGUCCAUUUGUUCAUUGACAGACACAAACAGAUCCGGGCCGGGGCCAGAUCCGCAGAUUACCUGCAAUCCUCGGCAAUCACCCGCAUCCCCAGUUACCGGUACCGUUACCGGCGGCGCAGUCGGUCGAGUUCCCGGUCCACGGAACCCUCGCACUCCAGGGAUGCCUCGCCGGUCGGUCUCAAAGGUUUCAACACGCUGCCCUCCACUGAGAUCUCCAUGUACACUCUCACCAGAGAUCCCCUGAAGACCACUAGCUCCUACAACUCUGAGCGUGACCACAACUUCCUACAGGUUCACAACUGCAUUCAGAAAGAGCUGAAGGAUUCUUUACAUACGAAUACAGCCAACCGCAGAACAACUCCUGUAUAAAACCCAGGAUGCUACAGAAAGAGGGACAGAGAGAGAGAGAGAGAGAACAAAACAGAGGAACAACAACAAAAAAAUUAAUAAUUUACAAAAAAAUAUUAAAAGUUAUUGCAUGAAAACCCAAUUCCAUUGCAAAAAAAAUGCAAAAGUUACUUUGUCAAAAAAAGAUUUUAAAAUCUAAAACGAGGAGGAUAAAGAGAGGGGGAGAUGUGAUGAAGCAGAAAGCCUGAAAUUCUGCAAGAGGAUGGAUUGACGAGAGAGAGAGAGAGUGUGAGAGGGACAAAUAGGAAGAGGGAUUUUUUUGUUCAUUUUCUCAAAUGAAUUUAAAAUGCCAUUUAUCGUCGACUUUUUUGUUUUUCGUAACUAUUGUUUCCCUGACGAGAAUGGGAGGUGAUGCUUUUCGAUAAAAGGUCAUGAGCUUGCUGAACAGUUUAAACAUAUUUUAAAAGAACAAAAAGGACGCAUCCAUUCUUUACGACAACAACAAAAUCUGGAGGAUUUGAAAACAAAACACAGGACUGGGACAACAUCAAAUGUCAGUUUUUUUAAUUUUGCUCGGCCAUUGAAUGAAAUGAUCAUUUAUCAAAGGAAAUUGGAACAUUAACAAAGAAAAUAUAUGUAUUCUUUAGAAAAACUAAAGACAUUUUAUUGGUGUGUGGCAAGCUAUGGAUUUGAGAAAUUUGCAUGUGAUGAUAAUGACGCUCCUCUUCCGACCAAAAAAAAACUCAAAUCAAGAAUUUCAAAACAAGAAAUUUUUUUAACGAUUUCAAUUAUUAUUUAAGAAAAACAAAAUGAUAAAAAUGGAAUGGAAUUUUGUGUGGAGCAGGAAUGGAGAGGGUUUGGGAGAAACGAGAACUAAUCAGCUUUUAUUUCCAAAAGUUUCCUAAUUUUGGUCCAACUUUAGGAUGCCCGUGGGAAUUGUUUGAAGGUGCGAGGAUGAAUUGAAAGAAAGAGGGGAGCGAGGGAGAGAGAGAGACGGGGGAAAGCUGGGCGAGAUGGUACAUUUACCCUCUCUAAAAUCAGGAAACUCUAUUGUGCGAGUGUGAAACUGUGGUGUUUAAUUCAUUUCAUGCCAAAUUUAAAAAAAAAUCAAAAAAAUUUCAAAAAAAUGAAAUAAAAUCUACCAAAAAAAAAGCUUUCAUA